AUGGCAUCUUCUUCUUCUCUUUCAGUCACCAUCUUCCUCUGCAUUUCCUUCCUUUUCUUCUUGUCCGCGUAUGCAAAUGAGGUUACCGUCGGCGGCAAAUCCGGUGACUGGAAGAUUCCUCCUUCCUCUUCUUACUCUUUCAACGAGUGGGCUCAACAAGCUCGCUUCAAAGUCGGCGACUUUCUCGUGUUCAGGUACGAAGCAGGUAAAGACUCGGUUCUGCAAGUGACAAGAGAGUCUUACGAGAAAUGCAACACCACGAGCCCGAAAGCCACUUAUACCGACGGAAACACCAAGGUGAAGCUGGACCAAGCCGGUCCGGUCUACUUCAUUAGUGGAACAGAAGGUCACUGCCAAAAGGGUCAGAAGCUACGCCUAGUCGUCAUCAGUCCUCGCAACUCUGUUUUCGCUCCGGCUCCUUCUCCUACCGAUGGUCCCGCCAUUGCUCCGACUAGUGGUGCUGCUAAGCUCACCGGCGUGUUCGGUGUCGUUGUUAGCAUUGUUCUUGGAUUCUGUGCCUUCUUCUGA